GGAAUGAACACGAACGAACGGUCAAUGGAAUGAAGGGAUUCAGAUUCGGGGAGGAAAAGUUGAAGAAAGUUAUAUAAACCAAUCUUGAAAGAUUUAACUAUUUUAAACUUGGAGUUCCAAUUAAAGGAAGUAGCAGCUGGUCUUCGUCCCUUUCUUCGUUUGAAGGCGAAAGUCAGAUUAUCGGCCAUUGAAAUUGAUCCGCUUCCCGAAGAAAUCUGAGAAUGAACAACAAAGUCAUCUACACCAGCUAAGACGGCAGUUGGUUUAGUAUUUGAUGAUUAUCUCAACCUUCUACUCCAGGCUAUUUUGCUGAAUAUUAGCGAUAUCGAGGGCGAGGUGGUCGAGGAUGGCUGAUGGAAUAUCAAGUUUCUGGGGUCCUGUCACAUCUACAAUAGAGUGUUGUGAGAAGAAUUAUGCUUAUUCUUCUUAUAUUGCCGAGUUUUACAACACAAUAUCAAACAUUCCAACCGUUCUUUUGGCUCUGAUCGGUCUUGCAAAUGCUUUGAGACAAGGUUUUGAGAAGAGAUUUAGUGUACUUCACAUAUCAAAUAUGAUACUGGCCAUUGGCAGCAUGUUCUAUCAUGCCACAUUGCAAAAAGUGCAACAGCAAGGUGAUGAAACACCAAUGAUCUGGGAAAUGCUUCUUUACAUGUAUAUUCUCUAUUCACCAGAUUGGCAUUACCGAAGUACGAUGCCAACAUUCCUCUUCCUAUACGGGGCCAUUUUCGCUGUGGCUCACUCAAUUCUUCGUUAUGACAUCGGUUUCAAGCUGCACUAUGUGAUUCUCUGUCUCCUCUGCAUACCUCGAAUGUAUAAGUAUUAUAUAUACACAGAAGAUGCCUCGGCUAAGCGGUUAGCGAGGCUGUACUUGCUGACUCUUCUCUUAGGCAUUUUCUGUUGGGUAAUCGAUCGGUGUUUAUGUGAGAAGAUAUCACAUUGGAGCAUCAAUCCUCAAGGUCAUGCCCUGUGGCAUGGUUUCAUGGGUUUGAGUUCCUACUUUGCUAACACGUUCUUAAUGUUUUGCCGGGCGCAGCAAAGAGGAUGGGCACCAAAAGUUCUUCAUUUAAUGGGAAUUCUCCCCUACGUGAAGAUUGAAAAACCCAAAACCCAGUAAGAAGACACGAAUUUGAAGACAAAUUAUGACAAUUUUUGACCUGUGUUGAGUGUACCCUGGAGGUAGAGAAGAAAAAAAAUGCAAUCUUUUGGGCUAUGUUCCUUCUUUUCACUGUAAGGAACGAAUAGAAACUUAGAUUUUUGUAGUACAAAUAACAGCAGUUACGUAUUUUUGUUCAUUGACGUCAGGGCUUUAUUUGUUACAGAGUGACUUAGCAUUUAACUCUUUCACAGAGCUGAAGCGCAACAUCUGUAAAAUAUUGCAGUAUGUUCAAUCUAUUUUACUCCAUGUAGUUUUCUUUUAA